AUGCGAGAUGUAUUUCAAUUGAUUGAUGAUGAUUACAUAAAAGAAGAUUCUGCAGGAUUUGUUUACUUAAUCAAGAGAUAUUCUGCAAAGAGAAAACUCAAAGGAGUCAGAUUGAUUUUAUUAUAUUCCAAAAGUCUAAUAUCAUGA